AUGGUUGGUUCUGUGGAUGUACUUGCAUUCUUCUUUAAAUUGCUCUCUCGACCAAAGACAACUCAAAAUUCUCACGGGACAGCUACAACGUCUUCAGAUUACUGGUCUUGGGCAGCAAUGCAUUCACCAUUUGAAACGGCGUCAUUCGCGAUCCGAAAAUCUCUUUGCGUGACAAUUUAG